AAAAAUCAAGUUUCAGUUUUCUUCGCAUAUUGAUCUUGCUUCCAGGAUCUAUGUCAGUGCCCACUAGCUGUGCCUGACACAGGUUGGUCUGGCUCAGAACCCAUGGCCUGGUUUUGCUCAUCAGUGGAGUAUCUGCACACCUUGAGGGGUGUGUUAUCUUCCAUGUCCAUUGUCUCCUUCCUCGUCUGUUGUGCACCAGUUCUUUGGGAACAGCGUGGCUCAGUCCUUCCUGCUCUGCUUAAAUACACUUCUCCAAGAUUAGACUGCUCAGCACUGGCUAGGUGCCUGCAGGUUUGAAAAAUGCAGGAAUGACUGCUGCUGGGAUUUGGGAUCAUGUCUCCCUCCACUUGUCUGUGCCAGGCUCCUGUGGAUGCCCAGACGCUGGGGCUGAGCUGGGUUCAGGGGUAUAUGGGCAGCUGGAGAGAGUGUCUCGAGCAUUCAGCCCCCUGAGGUGGGAAACUGGCUGAGGUGCAGCUCAUCCUUCAUUGGUUUUGUGUUUUUCCUGGUAUUCAGGGCUGCCUUAAUUCCCACACUUACUGAGGAAGCAGAGCUGCAGAAUAGUUCUGCAAUUGGCUGCAGUUGUACUCCAGGUUUUCUUGAUUCUUUUUUUAAAAUUGUUUCCAAACCCACACUGCUCUAUCUGUGUAAUUUACAUCUUGGUGUAAUCGAAAGAAUACAUUAACAACUGCCUGACUUGCAUGACACCCAGGAUUUUAAUAAUUCAUUGUUAGAACGGAAUCUUUACACUGAACCUGAGUGAGAGUUAACAACUAUGACUAUACUGUAGUCUAUCAAUUGUCAGUCCAUGUUGUCUCUUAGUAGGGUUUUUGGUCUUACAGAUCAAACAUAGUCUGCCAGAGCUCAAGGAGUGUUUGGACAACGCACACGUGGUAGAAUUUUGGUGUUGAUCUGUUCUGGGCCAGGAUUUGGACUUAGUGAUUUUUGUAGAAUCAGUUUUGGCCCUCGGUGUAUUUGGAGUCAAGCACAGGCCCAAAGCUAUUGCAGGAACAGAGGAGCAUGGAUUUAAGUCAUAAUCAUUUAUUAUCAUCCAACUGGAGCAUUGAUUUGUCUGUCCAUACUCUCCAAGAAGUGAAAAUGAAUUACAAUGAGCUAAGUGAAAUUCCAUAUUUUGGAGAAACAACUUCCAAUAUAACUCUUCUCUCAUUGGUGCACAAUACCAUUCCAGAAAUAAAUGCUGAGCAACUCCAGGUCUACCUUUCAUUGGAAAAUCUAGAUCUUAGUUCUAAUCUUAUCUCAGAAAUUAAAGCCUCUUCCUUUCCCCGAAUGCAACUGAAGUACCUGAAUCUGAGUAACAACAGAAUAACUACUCUAGAAGCAGGUUGCCUUGAUAACUUAUCUAGCUCCCUAAUGGUGAUAAAACUGAACAGAAAUAGGAUUAGUAUGAUUCCACCAAAGAUCUUCAGAUUGCCUCAUGUGCAGUUUUUGGAACUGAAAAGGAACCGGAUUAAAAUAGUGGAAAGUCUUACAUUCCAAGGAUUGGAAUCCUUAAAGUCCUUGAAAAUGCAGCGCAAUGGGAUAAGCAGACUGAUGGAUGGAGCAUUCUUUGGCCUGGGUAAUAUAGAGGAAUUAGAACUGGAACACAAUAACUUAACAGAAGUAAACAAGGGCUGGCUGUAUGGGCUGCGGACAUUGCAACAACUCUAUGUUAGCCAGAAUGCCAUCACCAGGAUCAGCCCAGAUGCAUGGGAAUUCUGCCAAAGACUUGCUGAGCUGGACUUGUCAUACAAUCAACUCACUCGCCUCAAGGAAUCUGCCUUUGUGGGACUUGGCUUAUUGGAGAAGCUAAACCUGGGUGACAAUCGCAUUAAUCACAUUGCUGAUGGUGUCUUUAGAGGUCUGACAAAUCUUCAAACCUUGGACUUGCGGAACAAUGAGAUCUCCUGGGCCAUAGAAGAUGCAAAUGAAGCUUUUGUGGGACUCAGCAAGCUGGAUAAACUAAUCUUGCAAGGAAACCAAAUUAAGUCAAUUACCAAAAAAGCAUUCUCUGGUCUUGAAGGACUUGAACAUCUGGAUUUAAGCAACAAUGCAAUAAUGUCCAUCCAAGAAAAUGCCUUUGCCCAGGCUCACCUGAAGGAGCUAGUAUUGAACACAAGCAGUUUGCUUUGUGAUUGCCAGCUGAAAUGGCUGCCCCAGUGGCUCAGUGAGAGCCGUUUGCUGCAGGCUGUCAGUGUCAGCUGUGCUCACCCUGAGUGGUUGGCAGGACAAAGCCUUCUCAGUGUGGACCCUGAUGACUUUGUUUGUGAUAAUUUCCCUAAGCCACAGAUCAGAGUCCACCCAGAGACCACGGUGGCCCUGCGAGGCACAAAUGUGACCCUGAUGUGCACUGCUGUGAGCAGCAGUGAUUCACCCAUGGCCACGGCCUGGCGCAAAGACAGCGAGGUCCUCUAUGAUGCAGAGGUUGAGAAUUUUGCCAGGUACCAGCAGCAAAGUGGGGAGGUGCUGGAAUACACCACUGUCCUGCACCUCUUCAAUGUGAAUUUCACUGAUGAAGGGAAAUACCAGUGUAUUGUCACCAAUCACUUUGGCUCCAAUUAUUCCAACAAAGCCAAGCUGACUGUCAAUGAGCUCCCUUCUUUCCUGAAAACUCCCAUGGAUCUCACUAUCCGCACUGGGGCAAUGGCCCGGCUGGAGUGUGCUGCCGAGGGCCACCCCCCACCGCAGAUCUCCUGGCAGAAAGAUGGUGGCACAGACUUCCCUGCUGCAAGAGAGAGGAGGAUGCACGUCAUGCCUGAGGAUGAUGUGUUCUUCAUUGCAAAUGUGAAGAUGGAAGACAUGGGGAUCUACAGCUGCAUGGCCCAGAACAUCGCAGGGGGACUCUCAGCCAAUGCUACCCUGACUGUGCUGGAAACUCCUUCCUUCAUGAGGCCCCUGGAGGACAGGACAGUGACCCGAGGUGAAACUGCUGUCCUGCAGUGCAUAGCUGGUGGUAGUCCUGCCCCUCGCCUCAACUGGACCAAGGACGAUGGUCCCUUGACAGUCACCGAGCGGCAUUUCUUCGCUGCAGCAAACCAGCUCCUCAUCAUAGUGGAUGCAGGACUGGAGGAUGCUGGGAAGUACACGUGCAUCAUGUCCAACACACUGGGCACUGAGCGUGGCCACAUUUACCUAAAUGUCCUGGCUUCCCCCAACUGUGAUUCUUCGCAGAGUGCCAUUGUCCAUGAAGAGGAUGGCUGGACAACAGUCGGGAUCGUGAUUAUUGUGGUCGUGUGUUGUGUGGUGGGAACGUCCUUGGUGUGGGUUAUCGUCAUCUAUCACAUGAGGAGGAAGAAUGAAGAUUACAGCAUCACUAACACAGAGGAGAUGAACCUACCUGCUGACAUUCCCAGCUACCUGUCCUCUCAAGGAACGCUGUCUGAGCCUCAGGAAGGCUACAGUAACUUGGAGGCAGGGAGCCAUCAGCAGCUGAUGCCUCCAGCUGGCAGCUAUAUGCACAAAGGCACAGAUGGUGGUGCAACACCAUUAGUGAUCUGCUCAGAUUGUUAUGACAAUGCCAACAUCUACUCCCGGACCCGAGAGUACUGUCCCUAUGCCUUCAUCACCGAGGAGGACUCCCUGGAUCAAACACUCCCGAAUCUCAUGGUGCAGAUGCCCAAGGAAAUGUACACAGCACACACCCAGAAUGAAAUCAGUGCUCUGGGUAAUCUCUUAGCAGACACAGAUGUGCCUGUCUUCCUUACCAGCCAUGACAAAAAAAGUGAUAAGAAAAUCUCUUCCCAGCAGAUUUUUGAGCCCUUCCAGGUUCCUCUGUGGGGAGGCAGCAAAGACCUGGCUUGCUCUCACCCGCAAUUCCUGCACCAUCCGCUGGCCCCCGAGGCCCCACAGCCACUCCGGAGAGACGGUGUCGCCAGCAGUGACCGAGACCUGGCGUCACCCAGGCCCUGCCACAGGCUACGGGAGGAGAAUUUUGAUUUUAACAGGACACGGAACAUUCGUGACCACAGUGAAACCACAUAAGACACUCACAAAGCCUUCAAAGCAAAUCCAGAUUGACGACUGUAUUUACUACCUCAGGACUAACCCCAAGGCCAAAGAUGUUCAUAUUUGUGUCUGCAAGUACUAAACAGUCAGACUUUGUUGGAGGAGGUGGCACGUGCCCCUUUUUCUGCAAUUUCUCUGUUGGAAAAUGAGAAUGUGCACCAAAGAACAUGUGGAUAAUUAGUACAGUCUACAAAAAUAGCAUUAAAACAUGGAUUGUGUGAUGCUGGAAGCAGCCUUUGUGGUGGUGUGUGCUUUGGAAAGCUCUUAAGAACAUGUGUGGCUAUUUCACAGUGCUUUGUCUGCAUGGAAACAACCAUCAGGGCCUCCUCAUGAAAUUCCCCCGGAACUAUAAGCAUAAAACUCUUGGCCAGCUUUUCCUUCCUUAGACUGUUGGCAGGUGUCUGUUUUCAGUCCAAGUUUGGGGCUUGUUUUCUUCUAUGAAUAAUGGACUCUAGUUGUAAAUAAACUCACAUUUAUAAAUAUUUUGUAUACACUAAGCAUAUAAAUGUGUUGACUGUAAUGUAAAUUAUUUUUUAUUAUGCCAAAGUAUAUAUCAUACUGUUAGUCUUGACAGCUGCAUAUCAAGCCAUAUGGGGGGACUUGGGCAGACUGAAAGCUUGUUUGUGAGGGAAUAGAGCUGUCGUUGUUUUCAAAAGAAAUGCAUUUACUUAUACAUAUGUGGUAGAACUGUGAUAUUGAUGAAUUUCAUUGUUUCUUACAACUGUGUGCCUGGCUGACCUGGCUGCAAGCUGAUCAAUUUCAUUAUAUUAGCAGAAUUUCAAGGUUUAUCUAAGCUUUUAUCUAUAAAAACCCCCUUUGUACUGUGUCUGUUGAGAGGGUCUCCAUAUGUUUCCUAGCUGACAGUUAAAUGAACUUUUAAAAAUAAUGUGGUGAUGAAAAGCAUGAGGUAAAUGGAGAGAGGACUUGAUAAAUACUUACUACUUCUGCACAGCCAAAGGCAUAUGGAAUUUAAAACACUGGUCCUUUUCUGUUGUAAAAUAUCAGGCUAAUUUGUUGAACUAAUAGUUCCCUUAAACCUUACUGUGGUCAAAAUGUUUAAAUAUUUGGCAAGUGAGAAAUGAUACAAUGCAGGCAACUCCUUGCUACUGAAGAAUCUUGCUCAGACUCGAUAGUUCCAGGAGAUAUGCUUGACAAAAUGAGGAAGAACAAUGGCAUUAUAAACACUUCCUGAAAAGUUCUUUUUUUGGGAGUAAAAUGCCCCUUUUUGUAGACGGUGUUGAAAGAGUCCUCAGGGAUAGGUUUUCAGCGGGUGCAGUGUGCUCUGUGCUCAUGCCUUUAGAGUGAGGUGCUUCCUUCCUGGUCACUGCUGCCUGCUUUGGAGCUGUAGAAUUUGUACCCAGAUAAAACCAUCUGUGUGAUAUUUUUAUAAAGACACAAACCCCUUUUUGACCCAGCUCAGUUGUAGUUAUGUGAGAAUCCCCAUUGAUCCAUUACUGGACUGAAGGGUUUGUGACUCAAUUGUCAGGUCUAGUAAUGCAGAAUCACAGCUGAAUUUAUAGACUGUGGUGAAGUAUUUGAGUAAAUGAGUGGGGAAACACUGGGAAUAAUGAUGCUUUUCCCGUGGCUCUUUGGACAGGAAUAAUAGUCAAAUCUUUGCAAAUGAGCAAAUAUUUUCAAGGGCUCUUCCCAUGCUCUAAAAGCCAGCAUGGCUGCUUUGGUAGACAGCAGCUUUAGUGGGAAGGGGAUCCAAUUGUCCUUGACCUUUGGGUAAAAUAGAGAGAAACACAGGUGUGUAAAUUUUUCUAUUUUGACAGGUGAAAUGUUUAAAAAAAAAUAAUCUGAAGUUCAUUUCUUUCUGGUUUUAUUUCCUCCAGACUUUUACUUUCCAGACAGCAUUUAAGGCACAGUGCUUAUUCUGAAUCCAAAGUGAUCACUGCUGCAGGGACCCAGCACUGUCAGUUUAAAUCCAGAUGAGAAAGGUCAUGCCGUGAAACUACAGCAGCAGCAAAGCCUUAUCCUUUUGGGCUGCUCUCUCAGGCCGUCACUCAAGCUGCUGGGGCAGGGGGCUGCUGGCACGUGUGAUUUCCAGGAGUGAGAAAACUGCAUCCCUCCUGCUGCUGCUGCUCUCUCAUCACCGUUUGGCAAAUGCUUGUUUCUAUUUCUUUCAUCCCUCUCUCUCUUUGUAGGAGCUGAGCACAGACAGAUCUGUCACAGUGCAGCUGACGUUGUCCAGACCCUGGGACUACUUGGGGUACAACUCCCAUGAACAAGGGAAUUCCCUUUAGAUAGGUGAGAUGGCUUCAGCUGGACCAGGGCUUUAAAACUGCUGCUGUCUGACCAGAAGUAUGCUGGCUGUCAGAGAGUGCAGCUAAAGCUGCUCUGACUUCUGUGAGAGAGUGGCCUAUAAAAGCUGAAUCCUGAAUUAAGGCAUUUACAUCCUUCCAUGAGCGUUUAAAGUCUAUAAACUGGUUGUAAAUAGCUGAUGCUUGUAAGUAGGUGACACUUUGCUGCACUGUGGAAAAACUUCUUUGGUAGACUUGGAGGAGAAAAUCAUGUGCAUCUUCUUUCCCCUUUGCAGAGGGGACAGAGUGGCCUUUCUUUUUUCAGUAAAAACAAGUGAUUGCCUCAAUCAAUGCCAAAGCACUACCGGUACAGGAACUGAGGGGUCAGAAGCAGCAAGAUCAAAGCUGCUUCUGCUCCCUCUUGCUAUUUCCUAUUGUCUAUUUAUAUUUUUUUCACAUCAGAAUGUAUAUUUUGUAUAGCAUAUGUAAUAUAUGUUUGUCCAUUGUAGCAUACGUUCAAACAAUAAAAUGCUGUAUACAUUGA